UCUAGGGUCGUUCUGUCUCAUUCUCUGUGGUGCUCCACACAGGAAACGCUCAGUGGCACUUGUCGGCACUGAAGUAUUGAAGAUGAGGCUGCUCAAACUGCUUAUAGUCACUUUAACGUUUUAUGAACUCAUUGUUGAUUCGGAUGCUCAGACUUGUCCAAAAGGUGAAAGACUAAUUUAUCGUGGAAACGUAAAGCUUGACUGUGACAUCUGUCCCGAUGACUCUUAUCAGCCUGAAGAGAAUUAUUCCCAAUACUGCAAACCAUGUACAAGGUGUGAUGACGCAAAGGGAAGUGAUAUUAAAGAGGAGUGCACGAAAGUGACAAACAGAAAAUGUCAGUGCCGUGGAAAAUUUGUUCCCUCAGAGAGUGAUUCAUCCAUUUGCAAAUGUGACAUAGGAUUUGGACUAAAGAAUACAGAAUGUUUAAUGUGUGAUGACGGCUAUUUCAGCACACAAAUCAACUCGCCCUGUGAAAAAUGGAGAGAAUGUAAAUCAGGAGUGAAAAUUCCUGGAAACAGAACCUCAGAUGUCACCUGUAAUCCGGAGUUGAACCCUAAUGACAUUACACCCCCCACAUCAAACAAAAAUGUGUCUUUAAUCACAUGGUUAACAACCAAGCGUCCACUUGAGGGGGCCCAAACUCAGAGGAUGCACAGUACCACCACCACCACCACCACUGCGGCUGCUCCAGCACACACAGACCCCUCAAGGGACCGCCCUUCACCCACAGGCAACUACAUUGGUACAGGUAUGACCCUCCUCAUAUUUGGAAUUAUUGGACUGCUUGUACUGACUGCUGUGACCUGCAAGCUGCACAUUACUCCUCAACCAGCAAUACUACCAAAAAAUGACUCAUUGUGUCGGAGGCCAGUUGAGGAAAGCGGCGAUGGCAGUCUGUCCUCUCUCAAACUGUAUCCAGGGGAUCACUGUGGUGAUGAAUCUGUCAACUAAGACUGUGAAUUUUUACAUUGUCAUGUCAUUGCUGUUUUUUCAGAAAAACUAUUUACUGUAUCUGUAUUGUAGCAGGUGUAUUCACAAUCUGCAGUGUGGUCAAUACAACUAGUUUUUUGUUGUAUAGAAUAUUGGGCGAAUUAUGUAAAAGAUUUGUCUAAAUCAUACAACCUCACUUUUGGCCAUUUAACUGUAGACUAAUUUAAAGUUAAAUAGUAAAAGGUAGCAGUAAGGAUGUAAAAAUAUAUGUUUUGCUUUCUUAAUUAAGAUAAUUUUGCUUAACAAGUCACUUUCUGUGUGACGUUAAUAUUUAAUACUAAUUUGGAUAUGGAAUUGUUUUAUAAUAACCUCAGAGAUCAUGCCACUAAAUACCUUAGUAUGUUAUAUUACAGUAACAAUCCUUAAUACUCUUGCUAAAGUGCACAUUUAUACAUAUGUUUCUUCUUGCAGUCUUACUGUCUCUAUUUUUGGUCAUGUUUUGUUUAUUCAAUUAUGUUCCACUGGUAGCAGAUUCGUAAGGCUGAGAACAGUAAAAAAAAACAUGCUUUCAGUGGUGUGUGGGGUUGGGGGAUUUUCCCUUGUGGAGUUAAAUGUGCCUCUUUUCCCACUGAGAGAUACUUCCUCUCAUGUUUUCGUCUCAGCAGUUGGAAAGAUUGAUGUUGUUAAUGUGAAGAAUUUCAUGUGUACUUCACUGGAGACUUUCCCCAAAAUCAAUCAGUACAGUCAAAGGAGUUAUGAAAGCAUGCCCUCAUUAUUUGUAUUCACUUAUGUUUCGCUAAAAUAUCAGAUUAGAAAUAGAAUAGUAGAAUAUAUUUCGAAAAAGCUGCAAUUUGGUUCCAACUCAUUGAUUCCUUUGACAGCUCCCUCUGUUGGAAUACUUCAGGGAAAAAAAUAAACUUCUUAUUUACUGUAAAAACAGUGGUAGAGGAAGUAUUCACUUAAGUACAAGUAUCAAUAAAGCAAUGUAAAAAUAUUAUGUUGCAAGUAAAAGUCCUAAUAAUCCUACUUAAGUAAAAGUACUGAAGUUUAAGCAGUAAAAUGUGAAAAUAUGAAAGGUAAAGGUAGGCCUAAAAUGGAUAAUAUUUUAUCAUUUACUAUUUUUACUACUACUAGUUAUACUGCAUCAAUGUGCAAGCAGCAUUUUACUGUAGUUGCUGGUCAAGGUGGAGCUUGUUAUAUUGUUUAUAUACAGUCAGCUAGUUUAGUCCAGCGGUUCCCAACCUAAGGGUCGGGCCCCUCCUCAAAGAGUCACCAGGUAAAUUUUAGGGGUUGUGAGAUUAUUCUCUAAUCUUUGAUUUUUUUUUGUGAAAUGUUGAUUUUGAACAUGUAUUUAAAUGAAAUCUGAGAAGUUUAGAGGGGAAAUGCCCCUUUGUUGGAACUGCUAACAACAGCUUUUAUGUGAGAGGUCACAAGACAAAAAGGUUGAAAAACCUCUGGUUUAAGUUUAUUAUAUGUUUUUAUAUACAAAAUCUUAAUGUGAAAAGUAACUACAGUAUCAAAUAAAAGUUGUAAAAAAAAGUACAAUGUUGCCCUGUGAAAUGUAGUGAAGAAGUAUUAGGUAAAGAUACCUCAAAAUUGUAGCUACUUACUGUAAGUAUAGUACUUGAGUACAUGUACUUCUUCUACUACUUCUUCACUGUUUAAACAACAAACAAAGUAGUUGCUAUGUGACUCUCUGUAAAGCAUGUUUUUUGUUAAAUAUUUUGUCACCAUUUGCAAUGUGAUGUCCUGAGUGUGUGAAUAAAGAAUUGCCUUUUGUAACAACUAAA